AUCCAUGUAAAGUAUCCCCUGUUUCACUAUAUAUAUAUGGUGCCAAAUCUUGGCUAUUAGAAGCAAAGAAUAUCAAGAUCGAGCUGAUAAAACUGCCCAUAGCAAAUAUACCACCAUUAACCUUUCAGUUUCCAAAAUGAAAAACCUUGCACUUUUCUUCACUUUUUCUCUCUUAGUGUGUCUCUCUUGUGGCAUAGAAGUUGACUUUUGUGUAGCAGAUCGUAGUCUUCCGAGAGGGCCAAAAGGAUAUGCUUGUAGAGAUCCUACCACUCUUACAACUGAUGAUUUUGUUUACACCGGUUUUCGUGGUGGCAGAACGAUCACAAAUGUACCUGGAAAUAACGUAACUCUAGCAUUUGUGGAUCAAUUCCCAGCUUUGAAUGGCUUAGGUAUUUCUAUGGCAAGGUUAGACUUUGGUGUUGGUGGAGUUAUACCAGUACACUCACACCGAACAUCAGAAGUUUUGAUUGUGUCAAGAGGGUCAAUAAUUGCAGGAUUCAUUGACACAAACAACACUGCAUACUACAGAAGACUUGAGGUUGGAGAUGUUAUGAUUUUCCCACAAGCCAUGUUACAUUUCCAAGUUAAUGUUGGUACAUCCCCUGCUACCGCAUUUGUUAGCCUGAAUGGGGCUAACCCAGCAAUUCAAUUCACUAUGAACUCUUUAUUUGGGGGUAACUUACCCGCUGACAUAGCUCAACAGAUCACUCUAUUGAGUAACACGGAGGUGAUGAGGAUGAAAAGAGCAUUUGGUACUGCUUAAGCUUCUUUACAAAGAUGAAAGUCUAUUAGUUUAAUAAUUCAUUGCAUAAAUUGUUGUUAUAAUUAAAGCGUGUGUUUGUAUUUUUUCAUUCAUGUUUAAUCUUAAGAGUUUAUGAAAUUUUACUUUUUAUGAAUAUAAUACUCAAUAAUAAUAUUAUUUUUCUUGUUUCCACACAA